UUGCUGCUGUUGCCCACACACACGCAUCACAAUCUGCAGCUCGAUAAAAUUUCCGUGCGCUCGAUUAGUUCCGAGGAUAUUUCCAAUGUUGGCAGCGGACGAUGCUGCAGUGCAGCGGCACGAAAUCCGGCCAUAAAAACGGGGCGACGUCUGCAACUAAUGCAGAUGAUAAUUCUACCAUUUAUACCUAUAUUGGCAUUGAUUGUGCAAACAUCACUAACACUGCAAGAGAUAUUGGAGUAUCGAGCCGAUGUGGCCGACAUUGAGACGCAGGUGACAAUUGCAACGGACUUGGGUAAAGUUGUGACGCGACUGCAGCUGGAACGUUCCGAGGUGGCCUUCUAUAUCUUCACCAAUGGCAGCAAGCAGCGUGCAAAUCUAACACAACGCUUUGCCAACACGGAUCAUGCGCUAAAUAACAUGACAACUUGGAGCGAGAUAAGUGUGCCAACGGCACCCGAUGAGGAUGAGGAUGACAGAGAGGUUAUGUUGAAUCGCAACGAAUUCCAGAGUCGUUUAAAUGAAUUUCGAGAGCGUGUGCGCUUGGAGCCAGAGGAUAGUUCCAUUACCGAAGUUAUGAAUUGGUAUACAUCAAUUAAUCGUGGCCUGCUUCAUCAUCUAAAUGAACAAAUCAAAGAAACGGACAAUAGCGGCGUCUGGCGCUAUUUGGUGGGCUUUAAGAAUUUGUUAAAGAGCAUUGAGUGUCAGAAUAUAGCUACCUCCUUUGGCAUACGCUACUAUGGCAGAGGGCCGCUCACUGCCGAGAACUUUGUUUCCUACGUUCGAUACGAGUUUAUGGCGCGCGAGAUGAUUAAUUCCACUUUAAACUACGCGCCAAUGCUGAAGCCCAUGUACACAAAUAUAACAAGCUCAAAGAAAUACCAUCGGGUUAAGCUUAUGAGCAACAUGGUGUUGAAGAAUAAGCCAAAUAUCUCGGACGAGCGCAGCGCAGUUGAAUAUAAUGAGUUUAUGCACAACUACACGGACGACUUGCGCAUACUGCAAAAGGCGCUGCGACGACUAAUUAAAGAAUACGUGGAUAAAACCUUAGUAGAAGCAGAUCGCAAGGAGGCGAUCGGAAUAGCUAUUUUGGUUGUUGUGCUGCUCGUAUCACCCAUUAUAAUCAUACUAGUCAAGAAUGCAGCAGCCACAAUACAGCUUUAUGCCAUGAAUCUAUCCCAAAAGGCCAAGGAGUUGAAACGGGAGAAACGCAAAAGUGAUUCGUUGCUUUUUCAAAUGUUGCCGCCAAGCGUCGCAAUGCAACUCAAGCAGACGCAACAGGUGCCCGCUGAACUCUAUGAAGCGGUAACCAUAUACUUUAGCGAUAUUGUGGGCUUCACUGAAAUUGCGGCCGAGUGCACGCCGCUAGAGGUCGUGACCUUUCUCAAUUCGAUCUAUCGCGUUUUUGAUGAGCGCAUUGAAUGCUACGACGUCUACAAAGUGGAAACAAUUGGCGACUCCUAUAUGGUUGCCUCUGGGCUGCCCGUGAAAAACGGCAACAAGCACAUCAGCGAGAUUGCAACAAUGGCACUUGAUUUGCUGGACGCCUCGUCUGUGUUUCGGAUUCCACGCGCCGGCGACGAGUUUGUUCAGAUACGCUGCGGCGUUCACACCGGACCCGUUGUCGCCGGCAUUGUGGGCACCAAAAUGCCAAGAUAUUGUCUAUUCGGGGAUACGGUAAACACGGCAUCGCGCAUGGAGAGUACCGGCGAGGCACAGAAGAUACAUAUCACCGAGGAGAUGCACGAGGCUCUGCAGCAGGUGGGCGGCUACAAGACCGAGCAUCGCGGACUCAUCGAUGUCAAGGGAAAGGGACUUAUGAGCACCUAUUGGUUAACCUGCAAGGAUGGGCCGGUGCGUGUGCGUGAGGAAAUUUCCUGGUGUGCGGAUAUGCAACCAGUUUUUUUGGAUCAUCUCAAGUUGCAUCCGCCGACAAACUACAAGCUUCCCAAACGAAAAUGAGGCAA